AUGGACGGUUUGCAGCUUCGUGAUGAGGCUGUACGCGAUCGUGUCCGGGCAGCACAGGAGUUUCUAGAUCCAAGUGAUCAAGUUUUGCGAAACUAUAGAUCAGACAUCAUCUUGAUGCUACAGAAACUUCAAAGAAGACUUGUAGUCAGUAUUGAUGAUAUUAGAGCUCGCAAUUUGGCACUUGCCGAAGGCCUACUCGAGCACCCAUUCGAUUUUGCUCAAGCGUUUGAUCGAGCUCUAAAAGAAGUUAUACAGACCCUGCCGAAUACCACUCCUACCCAAACUUCAGAAGAUGUGAUGUACUAUUGCGCCUUUUCGGGUAGCUUUGGGCAGUUCGCUUGCAAUCCUAGAACCCUCUCUUCAUCACAUCUCAAUCGUAUGGUCUCCCUCGAGGGUAUUGUGACAAGAUGCUCUCUCGUCCGGCCAAAAGUUGUGAAAAGUGUGCAUUAUAAUGAGAAGAAAAAGGUCUUUCAUUUUAGAGAGUAUCAAGAUCAAACAAUGACCGCCAAUGGUGCAACUACUUCUAGUGUGUAUCCCCAAGAAGAUGAGGCUGGAAACCCCCUCAUCACUGAGUAUGGAUAUUGUACAUACAGAGAUCAUCAAACAAUAUCAAUCCAGGAAAUGCCCGAAUAUGCGCCAGCUGGUCAGUUACCGAGGGGAGUAGACGUCAUUCUAGAUGAUGAUCUCGUCGACAAAUGCAAGCCUGGAGAUCGUGUUCAGCUUGUUGGUAUCUAUAGAUCACUUGGAAAUAGAAAUGCCGGCCAUAAUACUGCCCUCUUUAAAACCGCACUUCUUGCCAACAACGUAGUUUUACUCUCCUCAAAGUCUGGAGGUGGAAUUGCCACAGCCACUAUUACAGACACGGACAUCCGUAACAUAAACAGAGUUUCCAAAAAAAAAAACUUGUUCGACCUCCUUUCUCAAUCACUUGCUCCAAGUAUCUAUGGCCAUGAAUAUAUCAAAAAAGCAAUUCUUCUAAUGUUACUCGGUGGCCAGGAAAAGAACUUGGAAAAUGGAACCCAUUUGAGAGGAGAUAUAAAUUUACUAAUGGUUGGUGAUCCAUCUACAGCGAAGUCUCAACUUUUACGGUUCGUCCUAAAUACUGCGCCCUUAGCCAUCGCGACAACUGGAAGAGGCUCGUCUGGCGUUGGUCUCACGGCUGCCGUAACCUCCGAUAAAGAAACUGGAGAACGAAGACUCGAAGCUGGUGCUAUGGUUCUUGCUGAUCGUGGUGUUGUAUGUAUUGACGAAUUCGACAAAAUGUCGGAUAUCGAUCGGGUCGCCAUCCACGAAGUUAUGGAACAACAGACUGUUACCAUCGCCAAAGCAGGCAUCCACACAUCUCUCAAUGCCCGUUGUAGUGUCAUUGCAGCUGCUAACCCUAUAUUUGGACAAUAUGAUACACACAAAGACCCCCACAAAAAUAUUGCCCUACCCGACUCACUUCUAUCUCGUUUCGAUCUACUUUUUAUAGUCACUGAUGAUAUUGACGAUGCUCGGGACCGAAGGAUUUCAGAGCAUGUUCUUCGCAUGCAUCGAUACCGUCAACCUGGAACUGAGGAUGGAGCACCCGUUCGGGAGAUAUCUCAACAAUCUCUCGGUGUCGGGGCUGAUCAAGACGCCGCCACCAAUAAAAGUACAGAAGUCUAUGAAAAAUACAACCAAAUGUUACACGCAGGUGUGACUUUUACGACAGGCCGCGGCGCUAACAAAAGAGUGGAAGUCCUAAGUAUUCCUUUUGUGAAAAAGUACAUUCAAUACGCCAAGAAUAGAAUCAAGCCGAUCCUUACAACAGAAGCUUCAGACCGAAUUUCUGAUAUUUAUGUGGCUCUUCGUAACGAUGAUAUGCAGAGCAACCAGCGUAAGACUUCGCCUAUGACUGUACGUACACUUGAGACAAUUAUUCGUCUUGCCACUGCGCACGCGAAAGCUCGUCUCUCACCUCGCGUCGAAGAGCGCGAUGCCCUUUGUGCCGAGAGUAUCCUACGAUUCGCACUUUUCAAGGAGGUAUAUGAGGACGAGAAGAAACAGAGUAAGCGACGUAAAACACGUCCACUCCAAGGCAUGGAGAGUAGCAGCGAAAGCGAUUCCGACUCUGACUCUCCACAACUCUCUAAACGUGGGACUUCGUCGCGCGCUAGAACACUCGCUCGUCCUCGAAGAGGAUUACAUGCCAAAAAUAGUCCGAGGCCAGAAGCCAAUAGACCAAAUGGCUCUGUAGUCUUGGAAAACGAGAGCCAGCUGGAAUCUACUAUCGCUUCUUCCCAAGUCAACUCGCAGACGUCACGCAAUAUCGGGCCAUCUUCCGGUGCAAUUAUGUCUCAGAACUCGUUUGCAUCCUCACUUCCUGCCUCACAGAUACCUUCCCACCCAGAAAUAAGCACACAGGUAGAGGAUGACCUUAGCAGCGGCACUGCUGGCCUAUCUCUCAACUCUUCCAUCACGCCUGAUCGAUUGUCCCUGUUCCGUCGCAGCCUUGGUCAGCUCCUGAAUUCAGAACUAUUUGUAGACGACUGCGCCGAUGUAAAAUCUAUCCUGGACGCCGUGAAUAAAUAUGUAGCUCGUAACUCUGAACGCAGCUUUGAAAACGAUGAAGUAAUAGCGGCACUCACUGAGAUGAAUCGACUUAAUCAGCUAAUGUUUUUGGAUGGCACGACUGUCUACAAGGUUUAG